AUAAACACUUAAUGGAUCAGCCCGCUGCUUCCAACCACGGUGAAGAAUUGCAGAAUCUUAACUCGGAUGAUAGCCCAACCCAGAUCUCCAACCAGGCUGCAAAUGGAGAUGGCAAUACUAUUAGAGACAUGGAUGCGGACGUGUACACGGCAGCAGCUAGGGGGCAAAUUGAAGACCUGAAGAAAAUUUCGGAGUCUGAAUUUCAAGUCCAAUUGAGCCCAAAACAUAACACGAUACUCCACAUCGCAAGUGAAUUCGGUCAAACAGAGUGUGUGAAAUGGAUCCUUACGUUGCCUUCAUGUUCAUCUCUACUGCAAUGCCCUAAUCUGAACGGGGACACUCCGCUUCACCUUGCAGCAAGGGAAGGGCAUUUGGAGGUCGUGGAAGCUCUUGUAUGCAAAGAAAGAGAACUUCAUGCAGAUAUUGAAACUGGAGUUGGAGCAGAUAAGGAGAUGUUGAUCAGGAUGACAAAUAAGGGGAAAGACACAGCCUUGCAUGAGGCAGUGCGAUUUAACCAUUCUUAUGUGGUGAAGUUAUUGAUUGAGACGGACCCCGGGUUUAACUAUGGUGCUAAUGAUUCAGGUACGACUCCUCUUUACAUGGCUGCGGAGAGAGGAUUUACACGCUUGGUGAAACUAAUCAUAGACACAAGUAAGGAAACUGGUACUUCACCCCCUUACAUUGGCUUAAUGGGUAGAACGGCCUUGCACGCUGCUGUAAUAUGCAAUGACAAAGAAAUGACAAAGACAAUACUGGAAUGGAAGCCAGACCUCACCAAAGAAGUAGAUAAGAAUGGAUGGUCUCCAUUUCACUAUGCUGCAGAGAGAGGUGAUCUAGAAAUAGUGAAGCUAUUGCUAGAAAAAUCAGAAAAGAGUGUAGCCUACCUUAGGAGCAAAGAAGGGAAGAAGACUGCCCUUCAUAUUGCAUCUUUCCACCAUCAUACAAACAUAGUAGAGGAGAUCCUAUCUCACUCUCCUGGUGGUCGGGAGCAGGUCGAUGACGAGGGCAAUAAUGUUUUUCACUUUGCUAUGAUGAAAGAGGGAGACGAUGAUUUUAAACCUAGUAAGUACUUUGACAAGGAGUGGUUAAAGGCGAGAGGACUUGUAAAUGAGAAAAAUGCUCAAGGAAACACACCCAUCCACCUGCUCUCUCUUAAUCAAAUUUCAGAUUUUUGGUUUGUAUUGAAUAAUAAAGUGGAUAAGAAGGCGUACAACAAUGAAGACUUGACAGCUUAUGACAUAAUUUUGAGGGCCAAAGAGGACAUUUCUGAGAAAAAGGUAAGGCUCCCACUUAACUUCAAUUACGUGUUUAUUGGCAAAUGCUGUUGUUUACCCAGCAGUGAGCGACUGUAUGUGAAAAAAAUGGAUUCAUCAAUUGAAUUAAAUUUUAAUCUUCCUCUCAUCCAAUUUCUGGAUCACCAAUUUCAGAAUCAGAUUCUAGACCAGUUCGAGUGUGCUAUGCCUGAAACUGAAUCUAAGCUUUGGGAGAAGAUGAAGGAGAGAGAGAGAAAAAGGAGAGAGUCCUUGACACCCUACAACAUGAUUUUGAGGGCAGGGGAAAAGGAAGAAAUUGCAUUUGGAUUUGGGAGCAUUGACAAGUCCCAGACUGUGUAUAUCAAUAUACUCUGGGUUCCAUGGGCCUACAAACAAGAAAUCAUAGGUUUUGGGGAUAGAAUACCAAAGGUUUGCAGGAAUGGCAAGGGGAAGGAGGUUGUGUCAGAUAGGGUAUGCAUUUUAGAGGUGCAAGUUUAUUGA